ACUAACAAACCCAGCAGGCCAGCAGAGUCACCUUCAAUCAUGUCUCCAUCAUUGUGUUGACACCGACAGCUUCCCUGACACUCUGCUGACAGACUGACAGAGGGAGGCAGCUAGAGGCUAGCCAGCCAGCUAGCCAGCUAGCAUGCAGAAGUUGCCCGGGGUUUCCAAGAGGCGGCGCUGCUGAGAGGUGAGCGGUCGGAGCAGAGAGCAUAGCCGCCGAGGCGGACCAUGGAUGACUUCACUACCAGGACGUACGGCACCAGCGGCCUGGACAACAGACCUCUGUUCGGGGAGACCUCGGCACGGGAUCGAAUCAUCAACCUGGCAGUGGGGGGAUUCACAUUUUUGGUUGUUUUAGUGACUGUUAUUAGUUCGUUUGUGUUCCCCUCGCUGCCUCCACGACCGCUUAAUGUCUUCUUCGCCAUCUGCAUCCUGUUAGCCUGCGGAUCCACUUUAGUGCUGAUCUUCUGGUACCGGCAGGGCGAUCUGGAGCCUAAAUUCAGGAAUCUGAUCUACUUCAUGCUGGCGUCCAUCGUGCUGCUGUGUCUAUGUGCCAACCUGUACUUCCACGACGUCAGGUAAAGACGGGGGCGAGGAAGAGGAGGAGGAAGAAGGGAAGACAUGGCCUUGACAGAUGGAGACAAACAGCUGGAAGGACUGCAGACCAAGAGUGAAGGAAGCUCAUCACACAUUCAUGUGAAUGAGCAAAAUGAUUCAAACUUCAGGUUCUCGGACCAAAAACCAGUCAAACUUGAUAAUUCUGGUGGAAGGAAGAAUAUCAGAGCUGUUGGUGCUGAAACAUGACGCUCUGCACACGUGAUGAAGAUUUCCGAGGAGACUCCGCUGAAGGAUGAACUUUGAGUUAAAAAAGGUGUGUUUACAAGCACAUAAACAUUUACAGUCAUAACCUUUUCACAAAAACAAGCACUUAAACUAAAACGAAUAGGUCUAAUAUGAUUAUGCAACAGUUAAAGGAAAAAUUUGCCCUUUUAUCAUGUUUAUUUAAUAUUAUAUAUUGUUAGAAAUCUUUUUUUGUCUCAGAACGACUGCCAGGAAAAAGGGGCCAAAGUGGUGCUUUCACUGAAUGAAGAGGCUUACUGCUAUGUUCUCUAAAUAUCUAAAUCAUGCCAAAUAAUGAAGACAUAAUCUGUUUGUUAUUUAAUAUUUGAUGUUUGUUUCCAAGACCAAAUUUGUGACAAAGACUUCACAAUCAUUCCUUCAGACUCCAGCUAGGAAACUAGCUUCCUGCUUGUUUAAACAUGCAUUCAGGGUCAGAAAAUUUCCUAAAAAUGAGCUGCAGAAAACACAUUAAAGAAACAAACUUCUCAAUUUGUUUUGCUUUCUUUAUCCAAGACUAUACCAUAUUUCUUUACUGGAAACUUGGCGCCAUCUGCUGCUUUUUUAAAUAAAUAAAAUCUUAAAAAUCUUGAUGGAUGGAUGAAAUAAUAUUUCUAAAUUUGUGGAUUAUUUUUAUAAUUGAGGAAAUAAACAUUAUGUUUAUAAAAUGUCAGUAAUCGGGGUUGUAUCUGAGGAUGCUAAAACUUUAAAAAGUCCAACAUGAUAAAGAAAAUUAGCAAAUUCCCACAGAGUUUUGCCAAGUUUUGAGUGAUAAUUAACUGAAAUGCCGAAUGAAUUUACAUUAAAAUAGUUGUAGGUUAAAGUCCCUGUGAGGAGCUUUUGGUUUGGGCAGAAUAUGGUGCCCUUUUCGAACAUAUCAGAACCUGUUUUUUCUUUUUUUUUCCCUUUUUUUAAAUUUCUUUUGGGGGACAUUUUUGUCAACCGAGCCACAUUGGUGCCCAGUACCUCGCAUUCUUGAUCAAACCCUGCUUUCAUUUAACACAAAAAGGGGCUCUUUCUAGUUAAACAAGUCAUCCGACUCCUACCUACAGUAGGCUGAGUCCCAUUUCCCUUGUUUCAAGGGGUAGUGGUGAAAUUUUCCCCUAUGAUAUGAGAUGACCUUCACAUUUCCAAUACAUCAUCAGUAGUCCUGCACAACAUUUCUGUACAUGACUACAGUGCCAGACAUUUCUACAAGUGUUUUUGUACACUUCUUGAUCUGCCAUCUAGCAGAUGAUUCACAAGGCAUUCAGGGAGAUUUUCCAUAACACUUGAUUUGAGGUAAGCUACUGGAAAAUGUCUGUUUGAAGGGCCAUGUAGCCUGAGCUCUUCAUUCUACCCCUCCUUUCUGUCAAGAAUCAGGACACCCUACCUCUAGACCUGAAUGUGCAAAACUUAGGGGAAAGGCUAAGUGUUAAGGGGUGAACUGGGAUUUAUUCUACUGUGUAGCAGCAGCAGUGCUAAGUCCUUAUAACAUAUCCAGAGUUUAUAAAGCACACUUUUAGCAUCUAUUUUUCAUCAAAAGCAUGAGCUACGACAUAUUUAACAAUGUGACCAGUUAUGUGUAUGGAAAGCCAAGCAUGCUACACAUCAAGUUUGAUGUGUGCAGACUGUACAAUUACAAAAAAAGUGAAAAAAUGAUUAUUCAGUUACAAAAGGUUUUCAAAAUAUUCACAUAUUUUAAAAAAGUGCUUUUUGAUAUUGGCUCUAUUUGAGCCAUUAUUCAAAGCAGUUCCUGUCUGCAGAGACACAGAGGGCCACAUCACAGGCUCUCUUUCUCUCCAUUAUGAGCUAUUCAGGCUAUCUCUUAGUUAAAAGAUAUGCACAGUUUGGCAAAGUAUGACAUGAUGACAGAACAGUUUGUUAUCAGUUAUGGUGGCUAAUGCUAAGCUAGUGGCAGAAGCUAUCAAACAUUGAUUUAAAGAUUGAUAAAAAGAUGGUCAAUGUCAGAGUUACUGGUGUGGAUAUAAUCCAUAAAUGCCCUGGAAAGUCACCAAAGUUCCAGGCUUGGUAGAAAAGCCUCCAUAAGAGCUGCGAAGGCGUGGAUAGUGUCAGUAGAACGGCACAAUAGAGGGCUUCCAGAGGGAAAAUAAAAGGGGCUAUGACUUUUGGCUUGAACAUUAUUUAACUUUAUAUAACCUGUUUCUUUUCAUCAUAUAUGACGUCAGUCUCAGAGGAUUAAUAUGCACAGGGCUAUAUAACAGUCCAGGGUGGUGGCGCCACAUAUCACCAUUUUUCUGCCUUAUUAUGCCAUUGUGGUAUACUGUUAAGAAUAAACCUUGUGGAGUGCUGCAGUGUGACUGAUGGGUACUUCACAGUACUUCACAACUAUUACCACAGGCUAAGAGCUUAACCAUUAACUUGCAAGAAUACAAAGCGUAACAUAUCGUACUAAAAGAGUGACACAGCUGCACAGAAACUCUUUUUUUUGACUUGGCUAAAUGCAAUUGAUAUAAGACCCCCAAAAGUUUAUGUCAAAGCAACUUAUAUUUCAGGUUUCAAGGUCUAUUGAUAGCCGGUCUUAUUCUGAUAGUUUUGUUUGCUUUUGUAGCUCAUAAACAGGCAUCAAUCUAAAUUCACUCCUUUAAAGGGACAUAAAACUCCUCACAGGUGCUUUAAUCUUCUGUAAACUAGCUCAUUAUGAAUCAAAAUGUCAAUUUUUUGACCAAAAAAUGGAAGGAAAAUCAAAGCAAAGGCUAAUUUUUUACCAUACACUACGAAAAAGCGCAACUUCUUGAAAAUUAGUGUGGACAUUUUUGACUUCAUGACCACCUUAAUGCAUCAAUACUGUUGCUUGAAAUGCUUCUGCUGCUGUCUGAUUGUUUGAAAGGUGCUUCUCUAGCCUUCAGUCCUCCAAAAACAUCUACAGCUGUAAACUCUGGGACCAAACUAAACUCUCUUUUCAAGCUUGAAGACACUUUUCUAUUUCAUAUCACCAAGAAGCCAAUAGUUUUUUAAAACUGUUUAUUUAACGAGGGCGGAUUUUUCCUUUAACCAGAGUAGAGAUGCAGAGCACAUAAACACACUGAGUGAGGGGGGGGUUUGAUGUAAGACCCUCCCAUUCCAACUGUAGCACACGUUAGCUAACACAGCAAUAGCACAGGCAGCUUCAGAGCUCCGUGAAGACAAAUAUAUGCAACAAGUUUGUACGUUUUCUUUCUCUGUGUUUUUUAAACUAAUCUGAUUAUUAGGGUUGGAAUUAAUGAAGUUACCAAACCAAGUCUCUUUAAGAGGAUUUUGUUUUUAUUAAAAACUCAAGAAAACUGCCAAUUCUUUCACUAAACACUCACGCUGUUGUGUAAGCCAUACAUGCACUGACACACAUAUGGGCUGAGAGCAGCUGCACCACUGAGAAUCAAUGGGGACGAUUCACACGGCUUUACGCUGACGCUUCACAGCACAUCUUUACAUUUCUAGAUCACAAGCAUUGAUGUUCACAGUUCUACAUAUCACACUGAUGUGUCUGCCAUUUAAAGUUUGCACUGAUUGACCCUUUGUGAAACCCCACCCUCCUUGCUUAUUCUACUAGGUUAGACAAACUCUUCAGACUGGCCUCCCAUUUAAAACAACUGAAAAUACCCUGCAAUUGGACUGACUUGAUUAUAUAUGUUACCAGUUAUACCAGCAUGAAUAUUACCAAUUUCUGAUGCUAGGGUUACUUGUCCUCCUGUUGCACAACAAGAAGGAAAAAACCCGACAAGAAGAAGAACCUGAGAAAAAUUCCGCCAACAUUUAACCCCCAUUUCAUCAUAACCCAGCAGACAGUUUAUAAAACUCCAAAACAAUGUGGAUAUCAUGAGUCAGGCUUGCAGACAGCCUGAGACAACACAAGGUCCCAGUUUUACAGUGGCACACUGAAGAGACUUGGCCCAGUAAGAGUUUGUCUAACCAGUAGAAGGGGCUCUCUGAUUGGUGGGUUGUACCAAUUCGAGCCAACAAAGGGUCAAUUAAUCUGCCAAUCACAGCUCUUAGCUUCGACUUUCAAGCUUCUGGAGCAGCUUUGAGUUUAUUUUUACAUCAAAAUCAGAUCAUAAUAGUAAAAGUGUUUUCAGGUCUGUUCAACUCUGUAUGUUUAGAAAGGUUUGGUUUAAGGGCUAGUCCACAUGAAGGAAGGUGUUUUUGAAAACUGAGUUUUUUUUUUGGCUUUUUGUUUGAGGUCACUGUAGCUAGAGCUGGGCAAUUAAUCGAAAAAUAAUCGAAACCAACAUUGAGAGCCUCUAACCGACGUAAAGCUGCUGUGUCAAUCAAUUCAAUUUUUUCCUCUUUUCUUGGAAAAAUUUGACUUUUUAAGAAAAACAUUUUCAUUUCAGCUUAUCUGUGUUUUGAUUUUGUUUCAGUGAAUAACCAGAAACUGUUAAUCUGUGCCUGUUCCUUUCAGUUGUUUGUUCGAAAAUUAUACAAAUAUUUACAGAACAAACAGAGUUGGUGGUUGGGGAUGGAAUAAUCGUUCAUUAAUCAUAAUCAGGGUAAAAACUUCAAUUAAUUGUGAUUUUAAUUUUUGCCAUAAUCGCCCAGCCCUAAUUGCACCAGCCUCUUGUUACUGCUUGCUUACGUCACGACUCUGCCGUGCCCUA